AUGGCCCCCCGCACCAAGUCCCACCGCACACUCAGUGCAGCGAGCCGUACCCAUUCGACGACGAGUUUGCAUAAAGGAGAGGCCAGACUCACGGGACUUACUACUAUACACAAGGACAAGCCUGCUGGCAAUCCACGCGAUGCGCUGCACAAGACCAAAAAGCACUCGUCCUCGUCCUCUGCCCUGGCCGCCAAACGCUCAGCGUCGAAAACUAGCGUACACAAAGCCAGUACCGCCCGACUUGCUCAGCAGCAGCAGAUGAAACAGGAAUCGGAACCUGACAAGAAACAGGGUGAUGACGAAGGAUGGAUCUCCUCAGAUGAGGACGACGAGCUUGACGAAGAUGAAAUUCUCGUUCUGCAAACCCAACGGGCCCAACGAAAUGCCAGAGAGGCUGAAAAGCUGAAAGCAGCCGCCAAGGCAGCUGAAGCCGAGAUUCUUGCCAAACAACGAGAGGACGAAGAUAGCGAACAAACCGAAGACUCAAACGGGAAACACAGUGACAUGCCAGCACUACCAGUUGAAUCACCUUCUUCACUUCCUCGAGGGAAGCCAUCCCUGCCGGCCAAACAGCUGCCUACCGAAGCGAAACCACAACUUCCGCCAGCCGCGCCCAAACAGCCUCAAGCCCAAACUACUCGUCAACCACUCCCCAGUCAUCACACCGAAACAGCCCGCCCUCAUCCAGAGCCUUCCAGGUUGGUCCCGACCCUGGCUCCGGUUAUUCAGCACGUCCCGGACCAUACGAAACACACCUUCCCGAGCAAAGCAAGUCCUUCUCCCGCACAUCUCCCUUCUCCUCGCAAUGGACCGAGAUAUUCAGAACCUUUGACACUGAUACCUCAAGCUAAUGGGACACACGACAAGGCCCCACCCCACGAUCAUCCGUCAGAUCAUCAUCAUCAGAGACCCGACGAUCGCCCUAACACCCGUCGAAGUCAUUCCCAUAUGAUCAAGCCCGCAGUUCCAACCCCGGGAAGGUCUCACACUCUUGCCGCUCCUGCUCGUCCACAUCCUCUCAUUCGUGCUCCUUCGGUUUUGACCAAGGUGAUCCCUGCCUUGUCCCCGUUAAAAGCCCCUCCAUACCUCUCUGCGCAUUCGGCCAAGGCACAAAUAUCCUCCUCGCCCCCUCCCGGGACGCCAUCCACUUCAUCGCCUCCACAUACUCGUCAACCCAGUCUUUCGAGUUCUACACACACCCUCCCAACUCUCCAAGUCUCACCCACCGCAGCCCUCACUACUUCCGUCUCGUCCCUCCCGCACUCACCACACUCCUCACCCACUACAUCCUUCAAACCCAUUCCUGAGCGCGAGCGCACGGUCAGUGCAGUCUCGUCCGCUGCUGCCCUCCAUGCGAUACACAACCACAACCCACAUCGUAAACCUCACAGAUCGCUUGGUGCUGUCGCGACGAGUACUUUCCCUCCAGAACCGGCUGACACGUAUAACGGAGGCAUGUAUCCUGGCUCGGGCUCCAGCUUGGCUGCCCCUGGUGGUACCUCGGCUGUUGUAGGGGCCAGCGGAGGAAUGUACGGUGGAAAACCGGGCCCAGUGCAUUCGCUACUGCCUGCACCGUAUAUGGCCACACACAUGAGCGUCGGUAGAUGGUAUGCUCCCGCGAGGGACGCGGUUGGUAGAGUCGUUAGAGGUCGACCGAGCUCUUGA